GUGGAUCUAGAUUUUGAAUAUUUGAGAAAGGACAAAGGACUGAAAGUGGAAGGAAUCAAGGGAAGCUUCGGAUUGUACUAUGCAGCUUAAUAUAUUAUUUUGAAAGUUUACUUUAAAAUCAUCAAUAAUCAAACGCAGAAAAAAUAUUUACCACCUAUUCAUUGUUGGUUUAUAUGUUUUUGUCCAAUUAAUAAACUAAUGGAUAAGAAGAGUCAAACUGCUUUCCAGAGUAUGGAGUACCAUGUUUGUGGGAAAAUUGCAAAAGUGAUUGUUAAUAAACUGGAAGAUAUAUCACCAUCUAGACCUCAAAUCAAAGUCCAGAUCAAGAUCGAGAAGCAGGAGGAUGAAUUUGGAGAAUGUGAAUUUGCAAAUAGCAACGUCAAAGAUGAGUCAUUCUCACACAAUGGUUCAACUUCCAAUCAGAUUGCGAGAGUUAAGCAGGAGAAUGAUAGCAGUCAAGAACCAGCGCCAGAGUCCAGCACUGCAUGCUCUCCAACUGAUAAUGAUUUCAGCCAACAACAUUAUCUAAUCCCUGGCUAUAAUCUUAUAUUCAUUAAAGAGGAAGAAUAUGAAGCUUCAAUGUUGGGGUGGAAUUCUUAACACUGUAACAAGUGCCAACAUAGCGGAUCCACACCGUCUUCAACACAAUCAUACGGAUUAGAUAUGCCAAAGGUACAUUCCAAUAAUUGGGAACAAAAGGCACGAUGGACUAACAAAAUCGCUGGCAUUGAGAAAUGCGAUGUGGAGAAAAAGAUCAAAAAAUUGCAAAUCCAGUUUUCCAGAGAUCGAAAUAAGGAGAUAAAAAUCUUUAAUAACUGGGAGUGGUGCAGACGACGUGAUCAUGCUGACUUCCUGCAAACUGCAAUGAUAAUUGCAGCAGCCGCCACUGCAGUGUCUUCCAAAUCACUCUUUUAUUGUUAACUUCAGUUUAAUUUCACUUUAAACCGGCGUGUGCCGCCCGACUAGUCCACAUUCACGCAGGUAUGUGAACAAGUCAAAUAUCGAACGUGUCGAUCGACACAUGCGGAUCGACUUUGUCGAUUGGCAUAGUCUGGACGCGGCUUUAGCUUCACAUGACGUUUGUUUAUAACAUUGAUGACAACAAUAAAGAUUGAUUGAUUGAUUGAAAA